AUGUCGUCCCUACGGCCUGCACACAUUGUGCUGAACCCGUACUUCUACCCAGCGGGCAACUCACCAGCAGUGUGCCUGACUCAAAAUCUUCCGCCAGAGAGAAAUGCUGCUUUGCUUCUGCUUGGUUGCGGCGACGUCCGCAAUAUCUUGUUCACUGUCUACGGCGGCUCGGGUACAGACGACCGCCGCCUCGACUUCACUUGUUGCGACCUAGAAGCCGAGAUCAUCGCUCGCAAUGCGCUCUUACUCACAUCGAUACUUGAUGAUAUGACUGGCGACCACACGCAACAGUUAUGGAACAUCUACUAUCAUAACUUUCUCGACUCAGCGUCCGCAAGUCUGCUACAGACUCAGGCUGCAAAACUGGUCGCUCAGGCUCAAUCACUCGAAGCCUGGCAAACCAGCUCUUAUGCGCAAUGUGUCGAGUUCGGCGACAGUACUACAUUCGCGAAGGUCCUCGAGCUCUGGACAACAUACGCUACACCGCCGGCCGACAAGAAGCAGCACUUGCAACUACAAGCAAAGUUGAGAGCGCAGUGGCGCGCCGCGAAGAAGUGGCAAGAAAUCAAAGUCGAGCCUCACGCAUUGCAACUCACUGGCGGCCGAUCGUUUGCCCCAGUCCUUGAAGAAGCACCAGCCGAGCUAGACAAGACGUAUCGUACAUACUGGCGAACUGGGACUUUUCUGGAGAACGAGGAGAUGACCAGUCAACUGACCAUCGCGAAUCCGAUGUUCAUGUGCCUUCGCGACGGCCUUCAGCUUCACUAUGGAACCAGCCCACUACUAGGGUUUCAUCAUGCUGCAGCUUAUACACCACUAUCCACCGAAUCGCCGUUGAAGACAAGCGAAGCAGAUAUCAAGGAACUACCCAAACCUAUGGCCUCUGCGCUAGCGCAAUUCUCCGAAUGGUGUAAGGCCUUCCGCCUCAUCGCGACGAGGGUCAAAGUUCGUUAUGUCUACUCCGAGGCCAUCGCGUUCUGUCAUGUUCUACGCCAUCAGCGGCUGCAUGGAGGGUCGAGAAGUGCCAACUGGUACCGCAACAAUUGGGGUUACGACCGAUUGGAGCUUGACGCCACGUGUUACGGCCCGCGCGGGAAUGCUCCGACAGAAUUCGACGUUAUCGACACAUCCAAUCUCACAGACCAUCUCGGUAUACUCAACGUACUUGCUGCUGCUGCUCCCCUCCUUGUAAGCAGAUUGGCUGCCACUAUAAGAACGGAAGUUUUCAUCCCACCAGAAACUACAGACUCUGAAUCGGCUAAAGCACUGCUAAGCGGCGAUCUACCCACCGUUGCACUUCUGCUUGGUCUGAAGCCUGCACAUUUCUGGUCCGACGCGACCGCUUCAUGGCAUGUCAACGACUCCAUCGAAAUAGACUCAAGUCAUGCUGAAGCCAUGGUUCGCUCUAUGUCUAGACAUAUCAUCCUCUGGGGGCCUACAGAAACAACCAGGGUCGAGUGGAUAGCGCCGAGCCUUGCCGACUUUGUCUUCAAAAUGUAUCACACCAUGUUUCAAGACGAGAACCUGCACAGUCUGCUUGGUUUACUCAACACGGGAUCCGAAGGUAUGCUUGCCCGCAAGCUCCAUACAUACGAGAUGUACUCGCGAGCAAGUUUGGCAGUUAUUCUACUGCAUGUCAAGAACUCGGAAGUUGUCGAAUGGCGUCCUUUCAUUGAAGGAUUUCUCGACAUGGUGAUUCAAGACCGAACACUUAUGUUGGGUGGGCAUUCCUAUCAAUCACUUCUGGUGUAUAUCCAAAUGCUUGGUCUGGCUGAUCUCGCAACGUUUGCUCAUUGGCAUCCGGUUUACUACCGAAAAGAACUACAGAAGGGCCCAUUCCGAAAUUGGAGUACUAUCCCACCAACAGUAUGCGUCACCAUGGCCAUACCACAUAGUGCGGUUGCGAUGUUCGCGGAUCUCUCAAAUGGAUGUGGUACGCCGCAGUGCCAUAUCAUGACACAAACCUCCUUGUCGGCGAAGCAGAAUGUCUAUCCCGAUAUUCAGCUCGGUUUUGGCACGAUCAUAACUUCGGGUACAAAAUUCACAGAUGAUUACACGUUGAAUAUCCAAGAGGAUCUGCAGGGCUGGUCAGGCCAAGCACCGCUGAUCGUUUCGACUGUGGUAUCUACGCUUGGACUGGUAUUCGAAGGCGACCCAGCUUGCGAAGUUAAGCUUUGCUUGAAGAGUACACCGUCUAUUGCUGCCAAGUUUUCACACAGCCUUGGUCCAUUGCUCGAGCUUUAUGGGUCGGCGGUGGGUCGGAAAGAUGUUCAUAUUACGAGACAUCGCCCGCAUAUGACUGGUGAUGUCUCAGCUGGAGCUAUAGAGGAGGUCAAACCCGGACCAUAUGGCGAAUUCUCAAUCACCGUGAAACCUGCAUUGGACUCUACUGGCAGCAGGGUAUCCGCCCUCGCAGUGCGCUUCAAGACCUUAUCAGCCAAAGCCACAGCAAUCUUGCAGAGUGGAGGCUCUGUAGACGUGCAAUUGCGAGACCCGUUCAGUCUGGAAUUGAAGAUCUACAGCGGAUAUGAUCUGUGUCAGGACACAGUCCAACUUCCCAUGCCCAUGGAGUUAGGUGGAGGUAAGACCAAGAUUGCUCGGAAGUCUAUGUGGAUUGAAUACUCGGCACCCGUAGCAUACUCAGCGUCCUUGUCUACCCAACCAAAUGCGCUUUUUCCGUUGCGAAAAGACCCAAGGUCAUCUACUAUUGAGCUAGAACAACUUCAUUACGUAUGCCCCGAUGUCCUGCCUAUCCUCCAUAUCGACACUAAAGGCCCGCAUGCUAUGUGGCUGAAAUGGCUUACAUCUGGCAAUGCUACCAUGUCGGUUUCAGAGCUCGACCUAUCCAGGAAGCUCCAAAAGAGGGGCGAAGCGCCACUUGGGCGUAUGGGAGUCAAGGAUCGGAUCUUCCAGAUGAUCUCACAAUUCGCGGACCUCAACAGCACCGCCCGAUGCUCUACAUUCCGUAUUGAGGAUACUCAUGGCACUGUCGCGAUCGUCAUGGUCCAUGCCAUUCGUAUGGAUUUGUCUAACCAGACUGUCUUUUUGGACGCUGCGGUCAUUGCGAUGCUCAACACCUUACCCAAGGAGUGUACAGCAGCCGUAGAGGGUUUAGCUGAUACUGGUAUGGUUACAUUCAUAGUCUCCGAUCAAGAGGCCCUCUUCUGGAAGCAUCUUCUACCAGCGUUCGCGGAGCGGUGUCGCCAGUGGCAGCACAAGCCUUCGUGUGAGUACAAGCAACAAGACAUGAUUCCGAUCUGUACUGUACCGGAAGAGAGCUUCAUGUGCAGCUGUGGGUUAGGUGUCUUCCCUGACGGCUAUCUGGAGGGUCUCGAGGCUUUCAAAUCCCUAGCACGGUUCUCCGUCCGUGUCGCCGUUCCCGUCAUCUUUCCUUCUCCCGUCAGCCGAGAUAGCUCUGCACCAGGUCUGCCAGCGAACAUCAACGAGCCGAGCCAUCCGAAGCAGGACUGCUGCAACGUAUGCAGUGCGCGCUGCUCAAGUGACGGAAAGCCGUUGCAAAAGUGUGCGGGCUGCAAGGUAGCGCUUUACUGCUCCUCGGCAUGCCAGAAGAAAGAUUGGAAGAAGGGCCACAAGCAAAUGUGCUCCCAGUUGAAGAAGGGCUGA